AUGGCGUCAUAUCCACUCCCUGAUUCUUCUCUUUUUUAUCAUUGUCCUUUCUUUUCUCUCUCACGUUUCCUCUUUCUUUCUUUCCUUUUCUUGACACAAAUACGAUUUCACACACUGUCCGGCUGUAACAGAGAUAUACACUUUCUUCCUCUCUCUGGUUUUCCUUUUUCUUUCUUUCUUCUUCUUUACACAAUUCGGCUUGUAACACAGAUAUAUACUUUCUUCCUCUCUGGUUUUAUUUUUUCUUUCUUUCUUUCUUUCUUUCUUUCUUUCUUUCUUUCUUUCUUUCUUUCUUUACACAAUUCAGCUUGUAACAGAGAUAUAUACUUUCUUCCUCUCUGCUUUUCUCUUUUCUUCAAACGCAAGCUGUAUUCUCAGCAUACAAAUUCCCUUGCGUUAUCUGUGAUAAAUAACGCAAGUUAUCGUCUUCAAUUUGGGGUUAUCGAACAGAAAUACAUGUUCUUACAUUUCUUGUCCGGGGUUGCCUGGGAUGAAUCGGACAAGUUCCAUCAUUAUCAAAUGAGUCUCAUCUUUCCGAUCAUAAGUUAUCAGCGCUUCGAUUUCGAGUCUAGCUCCUUCAAAGUCAAGACAGCAACUGACUCGCAAGUAAUUUUCUAG